ACCGUCCAGCAGCACUUGACGAACCAGACAAACGAACCCCAACGUCUACACGACACGCCUGCCCACGCGCGCACCACCGCUUCCCUCGGGUCGAUCGGAUCGGAUGGCGCCGGUGGAGAGAGAGCCCUUCCUGCCGACGGGGGAGGCCACGCUGCGGCCGUCGUUCGUGCGGGACGAGGACGAGCGGCCCAAGGUGGCGCACGACCGCUUCAGCGACGAGGUGCCCGUCAUCUCGCUCCACGGCAUCGACGACGCGCGGAGGGCCGAGAUCCGGGACCGCGUGGCGGCGGCGUGCGAGGGGUGGGGCAUCUUCCAGGUCGUCGACCACGGCGUCGACGCCGCGCUCAUCGCCGAGAUGGCCAGGCUCUCGCGCGACUUCUUCUCGCUCCCCGCCGAGGACAAGCUCCGCUACGACAUGUCCGGCGGCAAGAAGGGCGGGUUCAUCGUCUCCAGCCACCUCCAGGGCGAGACGGUCCAGGACUGGCGGGAGAUCGUGACCUACUUCUCGUACCCGGUCAAGGCGCGGGACUACGGGCGGUGGCCGGACAAGCCGGCGGGGUGGCGCGCGGUGGUGGAGCAGUACAGCGAGCGGCUCAUGGCGCUGUCCUGCAAGCUGCUGGGGGUGCUGUCGGAGGCCAUGGGCCUGGAGACGGAGGCCCUGUCCAAGGCGUGCGUGGACAUGGACCAGAAGGUGGUGGUCAACUUCUACCCCAAGUGCCCCCAGCCCGACCUCACCCUCGGCCUCAAGCGCCACACCGACCCCGGCACCAUCACCCUCCUCCUCCAGGACCUCGUCGGCGGACUCCAGGCCACCCGCGACGGCGGCAACACCUGGAUCACCGUACAGCCCAUCGCCGGCGCAUUCGUCGUCAACCUCGGCGACCACGGCCACUACUUGAGCAACGGGAGGUUUAAGAACGCGGACCACCAGGCGGUGGUGAACGGGGAGAGCAGCAGGCUGUCCAUCGCCACGUUCCAGAACCCGGCGCCGGACGCCAAGGUGUGGCCGCUGGCGGUGAGGGAGGGGGAGGAGACCAUCCUGGAGGAGCCCAUCACCUUCACCGAGAUGUACCGCCGCAAGAUGGCGCGCGACCUCGAGCUCGCCAAGCGCAAGAAGCAGGCCAAGGCUGACCAGCUCAAGCAGCAGCUACAGCAGGAGGCGGUGGCCGCCGCCGCGCACACAAAGCCCCUCAACCAGAUUCUUGCCUAGAGUCCAUGCCGAUUCAUUCAUGCGUGAUAUAUAUGUACUAUAUCGUAUUAAAAUAAGUAUAUCUAUCUAUAAAUGUGUGUAAUUAAGAGAUGAGUAAUUAUCUAUAUACACAUUUGUCUGCGAGGAGCUAGCUGGACCUGUAAUAACAUGGAUCAUGUCCUACGUGGAACCGACCAGCUGAUUAAAGGGAUUUGUUAAUUAUCUA